UCUCCGUUGAAGACGUUUUCCUUGAGUUUAGGGCCAAUGGAGCUGUCGAGGAACGGUCUGCUCAGAUUUGGGAGGCCAUCGCUAAGCUUCAUGAUGGUUAGAUAAUGAUGGUGGCUUGGUUCACGGUGACCUGAGAGAGGAGGAUCAGGCCUUGGAUGUUUGCACAUGUACACUCCUCUGUUUUGUUGAUUAGUAAGAUGCCAUUUCUGUCAAUUCUAAGGUUUCAAUGUGCGUUGGCUUAUAUGUUUGUGGGAUGAGACUUGAUGAAAUGUACUCCCUCCUCUGUUAUAAAAAAAAUCCAUCUUUUAAAAAAAUUAUUUGUUUAAAAGAUAUAUAUUUUGUACAUUUUCAAUGAAUAAUGGUAAAUUGUAAACUUUUUAAAAAUUAAUUGUUUUUAUUUGAAUUUCUAAUUGUUAAAACUAUAGAAAAUCGUUAAUCACAAAAAUAAUGCAUUUUCUAACCAAAAUUAAUUUUUUUAUUAAUUUGUUUAAAAACUCUAAAACUUGUAUUUUUGAUACGGAGAGAAUAUAACAUAAGACUCCAGAUUAGCAACAGUUAUGGUUAAGAAAGUUACUAUAUUUAUCAACCAACUGAACAAACAUAUGAUAAAUAAAGAAUGUUACAACAUCCUUCUAUUUUGAGCAUAUAACGGUCUCUAAAUAAUCAGUUUUUGUAUAUAAGGAAAAAUGAGAUGAACUCAAAAAAUAAAGACAGUUUACAAAAAAAAAACCCCUAAAAGCAAAGGAGAAAUGGGAAACAAACUGAUUUUUGGAGCCUUAUUAUGUCUGUGCCUUGUGAUACAAACCACCAGCCACGUUGAGAACCCUCUGAUUAACCAUUAUGCUGAUUACGAAGCGGUUCAUCCCAGCGAAUACUACAGCUCAGACUUCGAACUGAAAGAUGGAACCAACGUGAUCUUCGAAGCUAUCAACGAGCUGAAAGGGAUCAAGAAACCAAAAGCUGGGUUCCAGUGCAGCAUUGGUCGGAAACACUGGACUAGGUCUCUUCCAGGAGACGUGUUUUUCGCCAAGUUCUUCUUUUACUCUGUUAACCCGAACGCAAAGGUUGUUAACCGGUGCCAUUUCCGGUCUAGUUUGGGUUAUGUUAAUCUUGAUAUUGAGAUAACUCCUGCGCUUGGAAGUCGAUGUCCUGGUUAUAGAUGUGUUUUAGCGAUAAGGCGUGAAGGUCUUUUGAUGAAAGAUACUAAUGAGCUUUUUCAUUGGACUCCUUGGCCUCAUCGCCACACUCAACCUAAGUUGCCCAAGAUGAUCAACAAGUGA